UGACGCUAAACGCCGGAAGACGUGUGUGUCUCCGCCGUAAAUGCAAACGAAGGAGUAGCACUGGGAGUCAGAGCAGACUACAGCAAAGACAAGAUGGCAGGACUGCCCCGCAGGAUCAUCAAGGAGACACAGCGCUUGCUGGCAGAACCGGUGCCAGGCAUCAAAGCGGAGCCAGACGAGGGGAACGCACGCUACUUCCAUGUGGUGAUCGCCGGGCCGCAGGACUCGCCGUUCGAGGGCGGCACCUUCAAGCUGGAGCUCUUCCUGCCCGAGGAGUACCCCAUGGCUGCACCCAAAGUCCGUUUUAUGACCAAAAUCUACCACCCCAACGUCGACAAGCUGGGCAGAAUAUGUCUAGACAUUCUGAAAGAUAAGUGGUCCCCAGCGUUGCAGAUACGCACAGUGCUGCUGUCCAUCCAAGCAUUACUAAGUGCUCCAAACCCAGAUGAUCCUCUAGCCAAUGAUGUUGCGGAGCAGUGGAAGACCAAUGAAGCUCAAGCCAUAGAAACAGCACGGACAUGGACCAGGCUGUAUGCCGGGAACAACAUAGAAGUGUAGAAACGAGUUGAAGAAGAAGAGGAUUAUGUGGACGUCGAGUGUGAACACAACUCCUCAUGGUCCGCCAAGAUCUGUUCAUUUGCAUUUAAAUGACAGUCUUGGACCAAAUAAAACAUCAAACAAAACAUCUAUACCUAUCAAAAGAAAUGUUACAGAGUAUAUUAGAGAAGAAAAAAACAAUUGCAGACAAUUGGUGAGUUUAAAAGCAGAAAAAAGGACAGAUGGGGGAAAAAGAACCUACCUGAAAUUUUUGUUCUUGUCCUGAGUCACUUUGCUUUGCUGCCCUGCUGCAUGGGGAGGCUCCAUGUGCUCCAUCAAGGCUUUGGGUGUCGAGCCACAAGCCGGGUAGUAUAGGUUUCAAUGCGCUUCACUAGCACGAGCAUAACAUCCAACGUCAUUUCCACAGUGGCUAAUUGUGGGUGAGUGUAGAAUACAGAAACUCUUGGUGUGGGCACUGCACACGUGUACGCCACCUACCCGAAGAGCUGCUCUCGCCUACGCUUUCCCACAAUCCACUGCUGUGGAAUCUUCAUGUCACGCUCCUGCUAUGGUCAUUGAUCUGUAUUGCUGGCCACAGACAUCUGCUUUAAACAGCACCUCAGCUAACCUGGGGAGGUGGGGUGGGGUGGGGUGGGCUAGGCUAGCCAGGUGAAAUUUUUACUGUGUUUUUCCCCCCCUCUCUUUUAAAGCCUUUUUUUUUUGUUUUCUCUCUCAUGAUGCUGUUGAUUUCCUUGAUAGCAGCUAAGUAACCCUGACUUCCAGGCUACGGACUCAUCAAUGUUAGGAAGCAUAGUGACUGAUUACAAACUCUAGCUUGGCUUUUAAAAAAAAAAAAAAAUAUUAUUAAUAAAUAAUAAUAAUGAGAAACCAUACAUGACUUGAAAACAAACGAUUAAGCAGUGGCAUGGCUGAGCAGAGCACUAGCCGGCCAUCUCAUUCAGUGCAUAACCUAUGACCGCUGUCAGUGUAUAGACCUAACUUAGGUGUGUGACAUUUGUGUGACUUCUGCCAAGGGAAAAGGUAAGGGCAGUGAAUAUGUUUAUGUAUUAGACAAAAAGGUGAAAAAACAAACAAACAAGUAUAUUUUGUUAUUCUAGUGGGUCGUAGUAUUUAAUUCUGACCUCUUUGCCAUUGCUGUACUAAUUGUUCUUUGAACGCUCCACCAUACUCCAUCACCAUCCAAAAGCACCUAGGCCCACGUGUCUGUUUUCUCAGUUUUAGUUGUUUUGAUUUUUGUUUGUUUGUUUCGGACAGAACUACGGUUGCGUCUAGGUUGACUCUAUGUCUGAGGGGUUAUGGGCAGGAGAUUUGUGGUCAUAGGCGGGGUCGGGUGGGAGGUUCUGUAGAAGAUCAGUGUAGGCUUUGUCUCAGUUGUUGAUUGGUCCUUGGUUUAAAAGUCUGUAUUCUCUUCACUGUUUGUAAAUUCAUUCUUUCUGUGGGAAGGGGACACAGUACUCCUGCCCCAAAUGGAAGCAGCAACCGUCACCAUACAUACUUUUGUUCUUUCUGUAAAUAAAUCUGUUGAUUAAUAA